GUGUGAGAAAGAGAUAGAAAGAGAGAGAGAGAGAGAGAGAGAGAGAGAGAGAAAAAGUGAGACGAGAAAGUGGAUCUGAUCGUGUCAGGAUGAGCGUCGACGCGUACGGUCCCAGCAGCCAGACCCUCACCUUCCUCGACACCGAGGAGACGGAUUUGAUCGGCGCGGACACUCAGGGUAGCGAGUUCGACUUCACUGACUUCACCCUACCGUCGCCGAGUCAGACUCAGGCCUCGCAACACGACGUUACCCAGACGCAGUCCAGUCAACCCGUUCAGGUUAAUGGAACGAAUGGUAGCUCGUCAUUAGAUUUGAAGAUUUCUGGAGCAGCUCAGAGUCUUGCUGAAUUGCAAUUUGAAGAGGAAGAGGAGGAAGCAUACUAUAACCGUGAUUUACCUGAUCAUGCAUGUAAAUACUGCGGUAUCCAUGAAGCAUCCUGUGUGGUUAUGUGCAACGUCUGCCGGAAAUGGUUCUGUAAUGGACGCGGCAAUACGUCAGGGUCUCACAUUAUCAAUCAUCUUGUCCGUGCUAAACACAAGGAAGUCACUUUACACAGAGAUGGCCCUCUUGGGGAGACUGUUUUGGAAUGUUAUUCUUGUGCUACAAGAAAUGUUUUUGUAUUGGGCUUUAUUCCUGCUAAAGCUGAUUCCGUAGUUGUAUUGCUAUGUCGCCAGCCAUGUGCGGCCCAGACUUCUUUGAAAGAUAUGAAUUGGGAUCAAGAACAAUGGAAACCUUUGAUCGAAGAUCGCAGCUUUUUGUCUUGGUUAGUGAAGUUCCCGUCUGAACAAGAACAAUUGAGAGCUAGACAAAUCUCUGCGCAACAGAUUAAUAAAUUGGAGGAAUUAUGGCGGGACAAUGUUGAUGCUACUUUCCAAGAUUUAGAAAAACCUGGAGUGGAUGAGGAACCGCAGCAGGUUCUAUUACGCUACGAAGAUGGAUAUCAGUAUCAAAAUAUUUUUGGUCCACUUGUGAAAUUGGAAGCCGAUUACGAUAAACGUUUGAAAGAAUCUCAAACUCAAGAGAAUAUUGAAGUACGAUGGGACGUAGGAUUAAACAAGAAGACUAUCGCGUACUUUAUGCUGGCUAAAACGGAUGGAGAUAUGAAAUUGAUGCAUGGAGAUGAAUUGAGACUUCGUUACCUGGGAGAACUUCACAAGCCUUGGUCUGGCAUUGGACACGUAAUUAAAAUUCCUGAUAAUUACGGGGAGGAAGUCGGAAUUGAACUAAAAAAUAAUUCUGGAGCACCGACAGAAUGUAUUAGCAACUUUGUCGUUGACUUUAUUUGGAAGAGCACGAGUUUUGAUCGAAUGCAAUCCGCAUUACGGAAAUUUGCUGUGGAUGAUACAUCUGUAUCAGCUUACAUAUAUCACAGAUUAUUAGGACAUGAAGUAGAAGAGGUCCUGUUUCGUUGUCAUCUCCCUAAACAUUUUAGUGCACCGAAUCUACCUGAUUUAAAUAGAUCACAAGUGUAUGCUGUGAAACAUGCGAUACAACGACCUUUAUCUCUGAUUCAAGGACCACCUGGAACAGGUAAAACCGUGACAAGCGCUACUAUUGUAUAUCAAUUGGUGAAACAGAACGGCGGCCCGGUUCUCGUAUGCGCUCCUUCAAAUACUGCCGUUGAUCAAUUGACCGAGAAAAUACAUAAAUCAAAUUUGAAAGUCGUACGAUUGUGUGCCAAAUCGCGAGAAGCCAUAGAUUCUCCAGUGAGUUUCCUCGCAUUGCAUAAUCAAAUAAAAAAUAUGGAGACAAACACCGAGUUACAGAAAUUACAACAAUUGAAAGACGAAACGGGCGAAUUGUCGAGCGUCGACGAGAAGCGGUACAGACUCUUGAAGAAAGCGGCGGAGAAAGAGCUUCUCGAAGCGGCCGAUGUAAUUUGUUGCACCUGCGUCGGCGCUGGUGACCCGAGAUUGCACAGAUUGAAAUUUCAUUCCAUACUUAUCGAUGAGAGCAUGCAGGCUACUGAGCCAGAGUGCAUGGUACCAGUUGUUCUAGGAGCGAAGCAAUUAAUCCUUGUUGGAGAUCAUUGUCAAUUAGGCCCGGUGGUGAUGUGCAAGAAAGCCGCUAGAGCCGGUUUAUCUCAGUCUCUAUUUGAAAGAUUGGUAGUGUUAGGAAUUAGGCCAUUCCGUUUAGAAGUACAAUAUCGUAUGCAUCCUGAUCUUUCGCGAUUUCCAUCUAAUUUCUUCUACGAAGGUUCUCUGCAGAAUGGCGUUUGUGCUGAUGAAAGGAAGUUAUUGAAAAUUGACUUUCCCUGGCCUGCACCAGACAAACCGAUGUUUUUCUAUGUAACACAAGGUCAGGAAGAGAUAGCCGGAAGUGGGACAUCUUACUUAAAUCGUACUGAAGCAUCCAACGUGGAAAAAAUAACGACGCGAUUCUUACGUUGCGGUGUAAAACCGGAGCAGAUUGGAGUGAUAACCCCUUACGAAGGUCAACGGGCCUAUCUCGUACAAUAUAUGCAGUAUCAAGGUUCUCUACACUCGAAAUUAUAUCAAGAGAUUGAAGUGGCGAGUGUGGAUGCUUUUCAAGGACGAGAAAAGGAUAUUAUAAUAAUGUCCUGUGUACGAUCCAAUGAACAUCAGGGCAUUGGAUUCUUGAAUGAUCCCAGAAGAUUGAACGUGGCAUUGACUCGAGCAAAAUAUGGCAUCAUCAUUGUAGGAAAUCCCAAAGUGCUUUCGAAGCAACCGCUCUGGAAUCAUUUACUUAGCUUUUACAAGGAGCAGAAGGUGCUGGUCGAAGGACCGUUGAACAAUUUGAAGGAGUCCAUGAUACAAUUCGCUAAGCCAAAGAAACUCGUGAACGCAGCCAAUCCAGGCUCGCACUUUAUGUCCACGUCGAUGUACGAUGCUCGCGAAGCUCUAAUCCCCGGAUCAGUGUACGAUCGUUCUGGCACUCAAGUGAAUGGCACGCAGAACCACAAUCCGUACUACCAAAGAAACGUGCCGCUUGACAUUUUCAGUCGUACUCAUGAUACUAUCAGUUACAUCAGCCCGGAACGUGCACAAGCAGCGAUGAACAACAUGCCUGUACCAGUUGGUAUGUUUAUGAACAUGGCACACGUGCCGCCGCGUUUCUACAAUCAACAUCAGCAAGCAUUACAAGCACGUCAGAAUCAAAGAAACCGACGCGGCGUCACUGCUUCAGCGAGGAAUAAAUCAGGUCCGCGUAUGGGUAAAUUGAGUCAAACCGAGCAAAACACACAACCGUACAGUCAACCGGGUUUGCCACUGACGCAAGGCACAACUCAGGGCAUGUCCCAGCCUGGUUUCAGUCUCUCACAACCUGGUCUCAGUCAGGCAGAACUUUCUCAGGACUCAUUCGCGGUCGGCGAAUUCCAAUCACAGAUGGACGGCCUGUUAUCGCAGGACUCGACUUACCAAGGCGACCGAAGUGGCUUUUAUCAGUCGGGCCAGUCGCAAGCCGGAGGACAGUUCUCACAGCCCUACUGAGCCGAGACCUACCUACGGCUGAGCAACGCAAUUGCCAUGCCAUGAAGGCUCGUUCGACCAAUUCUUCUUCGACCAACAACCACAAAUCACUAACUGCGCAAAACGGUACGACGGCUCGACGAUCGAGUACGAUAUUAUGCAGCAUAUGCUCAUGUCCUCGACGUGAGAUAAAGGGGAGUGAAAGGAGAACGAAGGUUCCGUAAGCUAAUUCGCCGUUGGAGGAUUCCACCGUGGACGCGGAAACACGCAAGGCUUAUGUAUUUACUGACUAGUAACAAGUGCAACUACAGCAGAGAAGGACAUCCGUGCAGGUUGGAGAACAAACGACUUACUGUCAAUCAUCGUGACAAGCGCUUACUGUGAAAGGAUCGUUUUAUCGCAAGGAUCGAAUGAUGUUAUAACUAACAAAAGUAGGAAUGAUGACACAAGGAAAAAAUGGAUAUAGAAUGGAAGUAUCACUUCAUUUGACCGAAUUUGACAUUGUCAACAUCACGUCACGCUCGGGUGAAUCUACGAUGAGAGAAUUCGUAAAUGAUCUUUUUAAGUAAUCUUUAAGUUAUUGAAUCGCACCAAAACGCCACACAUUUUUUCCACUAUCAAGGAUUUGAUAUUCGAACUAAAUGGAAAAAGUACAAAGGAAAUUAAAAAGGAAAUACACUUUGAAUUCCUUUGUAUCUACCAUUACCUUGAACUGAGGAGUAGGUAUACAUGACCAUACAUACUUGUUAUUCGAAUGCGUGAGCGCACGUCACACAUAUUGAGAGUCGAUAUCGAUUUCUCCGGCGGACUUUUGUCUAUGGGAGUCGCCAAUGUUGCAUCAUCGUCAGACAGUAUGAAGCCAAUGUUUCAACAUUAUCACGGAGAUGGUACAUCCUUUCUCAGAGGACCGGCACAUCCGCCAGUCGUGAGAAAUUCAUCGGUGGUUUUGAUCAUGUUGAUUAGUUUUUUCCUUAUUUUAUAUCUAUUGCUUAUUUUACCGCAGGGGUCAACAGAGCGCACGAUUGAAAGGAUUGCUUUCUUUUGGUGGAUCCUUAGCGGAUGGGCUAGUGGUCAGCAUGACCGAGGAACAGUAUAGACGCACUGCUUACCAAAAUAUAUUUGUUCUUUCUUUCGUGUAUCGCGUUACAUAUCGUUCUUUAACCUUUUCGCAACGGCAAAUGAUAAAUAUUUGCGGUGUGACAAAACGUUACUCUAAUUUAAGAGUAUUGUUUCCGACGUUUCGAAAUUGAAAUAUAUAAUUUCAUCGCGUUGGAUUUACAUAUUGUACAAAUAUAAUCAUGAAUCGACGAGUAAGGAAUUACUGAAAUUUAUUUAGGGAUUUGAUGACUGAUCGAAUUUUCUCUAUCUACAUGGGAAAACAUUUCCCAGCGACGGCUUCUCGUAGCGAAGGGGUUAUUGCAAGAACGAUAAUUAAUAAAUUUAGGAAAAGCUCUUGAUUUGUAUUUCUUGGAUAUGGUAUCUGCCAUACUGCAAAAAUCCUACAUGACUAUACAUUAUUGUGUGUUUCAGACAUUACCAUUAUCCGUAAUGGUACAAGUAACUCGUCACCAUUCGAAAUAUUUCACUUAUAAGUAUGUAUAGAAUGUUCUAUACAAUUUUAUUCGGAUCACCUUUAUGUUGCUUCCGAAUCCCUGCCUCCAAUUGUAUAGUCUGCCUGUACUGGCUUCUGGCGGUAAUAUAAAUUUAUUAUAUUGCAAUAGAUUAAGUAAUAAUGUAACAUGCAUUAUACAACACUAAAUUGUUUUAUUUCUUUUGUCCGACCAACAGCGCACCGCUAAUAUUAUAGCAGAUUAUAAUACUGAAAUUUAUUGUGAAAUCUUAUGGAAAAAUAAAUUUGGUUUGAAAGCA